GUCGACGAGAAUUGUAGGUUUGUCAAGUUGAUCAUCAUUGCUGCUUGCUCAAUAUGAAUUUGAGAAGAGAACCAACUGGACGCCAUUGUGAAAAUAAUAAAUUUUGAGGUGAAGUGUAGUAUUAAAUUUGUGAUAUUAAAUGAAGACUGUGCUAAUUAAGAACCAACAAAUAUAAACAGGAACAAACACAAUGGAUGAUGAUCAGCAGUUCUGUCUUCGAUGGAACAAUCACCAGAGCACACUCAUCUCCGUGUUCGAUACCCUGCUGGAGAAUGGAACAUUGGUUGAUUGCACAUUGGCGGCUGAAGGAAAAUUCCUGAAAGCCCAUAAAGUUGUUCUCUCCGCGUGUAGUCCUUAUUUCGCGGCACUAUUAUCGCAACAAUACGAUAAGCACCCCAUCUUCAUACUCAAAGAUGUGAAAUUUCAAGAGCUCCGGGCCAUGAUGGAUUACAUGUAUCGUGGUGAAGUCAAUAUAUCUCAAGAUCAGCUGGCUGCACUUCUGAAGGCCGCAGAAUCCCUGCAAAUCAAAGGAUUGUCCGACAAUCGGGGAUCGUCCUCUGCUGCGCCGUCACAACAGUCGAAGCCACCGCAUGGCGAAACCUCAGCAACUAAAACGCUACCGCCACCAGUACCUGCGAACAAGGCUUCAGGUUUAACUAUCGAAAAUAAAAGGCCUUUGAAACCGGAAUUGUUAGAUUCGGACGUGUCUGGAUCGAGGGAAGGCUCUGCUAGUCCAACAUCGCGCAAGCGUAAAAAAAUUCGGCGAAGAAGUGUUGAUAAUAAUAACCUAAUAGAUAAUCAUGACCAGCAUUCAAAUUCCUCAUCACAUUCAAUGCACACCUCCUUGCAAUCGCAAGCGCUGGCCUUAACGUCAUCGUCGACUGUGGCUGGUGUCCCCACAAGCAACAACACUGCUACCUCCCUUUCAUCUUCAAGUACGGCACCCUCGAACAGUGCGAAUGUGUUAGCCACGCCCGCUUCUGUAGCGGCGGCUGCAGCAGUUGCCCUUAAAAAGACUGACUCCGUUCAACAGCAGCAGGUUGCUGAAGCGUUAAAGUUACAAUUGGUGAAACAUCAACACCAGCAAAGUCAGCAACAGUCACAACAGCAGCAACAGCAAUCGCAACAGCAACAGGUACAUCACACAGAUGAAGACGAACGGAGCGGUACAGAACAGGGCGACGGACAGGGCGAGCCUGACUCGGACGAUAUGGAUGAAGCUCCACAAGCCAAACGCCACCAGUCACAGAGUACCGCGAUAAUAGCAGAGGGAACUGACAGUAAAUCAAUUAACCAGUCCGAGUUAAUGAUUGAACCAAAAAACGAAUAUGACGACGGCCAAGAUGAAAAUGUGGAGGAUUUAACACUAGAUGAGGAAGAAUUGCUGGACGAUUUGGAUCAAGCAGGACCCAGUCAUGGUGGCGAAGGAUCUAGUCAAGGUUAUGCACAGUGGCAAAUGGAACGGGAACAGAACGAAGCGUUCAUGGCUGCCCAGGACGCUGUCGGUGGACAACAUCGAGACGCACAAGUUUCUAUAUCUGCAGGACCCUUAACACCCGGUAGUGGUCAAGGUUGCGAAGUGAUGGUGGUUCAGAAAGAAGUAAUAGUUGGUGGGAACCAACAUCAGCAGCAACAACAAGCGCCUAUAGAUGACCAGCCGUGCGAUUUAAGAUUAUUGACACCCAGCUAUCUUCGCGAGUUCGCUGUUGACAAUAAAGCCCAGCAGCGUGAAUUAAUUGCUGCAGCAGCCGCUGCAGCUGUAGCUGCAGGAAAUUCUGGGGGUGGAGGUUGCGGCACGGGUCCGCUCCCCGUCCCAUUGUUCAAAGGUAUCAACAUAACAUCGCCACCCACAGUGCCUUCAAUCGGUGGUGCGUACACUUGUAACCGAUGCGGUAACUCAUACGCAAGACCUCACAGCCUCAAUCGACAUAUUCGUUUCGAAUGCGGUGUGGAGCCUAAAUUCGAGUGUCCAGUAUGUCACAAGAAAUCCAAACACAAACAUAAUUUAGUGCUUCACAUGCGUACUCAUCAGCAUCGAUGAUUAGUUUUACUUAUAUCGAUCAGCAGCAAUUAAUUAUUAUACAAUGAAAUAUGAGGUGUGCUUUUUGUUUAUAAAAGCGUGUACUCGCAGCGUUUAAAAAAGAGUAGUAAGGCAGUCUACACACUAAGGUGCGUAUGGCAAAUGGACUCGAGUAGACACAAGAAACUCACGGUAUCAUGGUUUAUGGAUAGAUAAAGCAGUUGUGCUUUGAGCACGCAAAUGGGUGUUCUUAUUGGAUAUCAUGUAAAUGGAAUACUUGUUCUUAAGUAAAUUUGAUUUCUUAGCUUAUUGUAACUUUGCUUAACAAAUAUCAUCUCUCAUUGAAGUUCCAUAGCACUACUAUGAAAUUUAAAUUUAAUUGUGUUUAAUGAAGGUGUAUUGAAAUUAAGAUUGAACGUUUAUCUAACGUAUAGGUCAAUCGCAAUAAUUUACUGAUGUGGAAAAUGUUUAGCACACUGAAUUAUUUAACCAUAGAUCACUUGAUUAAACCUUACGUGAGUAUCUCGCGACGAACUAGAUUUUGUAGGUCUCGUUUAUUCGAGUGUCGGGAUAAAAAUUUGUUUAUUCUUUAGAUCACAAGUAAUAUGUUACCUUUUAUUUUUUAAUCGUUACUUUAAUUUUAGACAAACUUAAUCUGUUUUCUUUUGUAGAAGUACUAUGUUAAUCGCUUUUAUUCUUUUACAGAAGCCUCUCAAAGCUUUAACCAAGAAUUCGAUCCCCUGACGAAGAAAGCUUUUAUCCGUCUUUGUUGAAAUAGGGCGAUGAAAAGAUUGAUCUAUAUUUACAGACAUAGUCAAAAAUUACCAAAAGAUACAAUCAAAACAAGUACAGCGUGAAGCGAAAGAAAGUCAAUGGUAAACAAGAAGAUAGACAGUUCCAACGAACAUAAUACACGUACACUAUACACAAAGUGUAGAAGUGUUAGUCCGUCAUUAAGUUUAAUCAAAUUAAAUUAAUGACGAUUCAUGCAGAUAAUAUAAACAAUUCAAAGAAAAUAAUCAAACUGCAGGGCAGUAGGUAAAGGUAGGAUAAGAAUUGAAGGUUUAGUUAAAAAAAAUAGUGUGAAACAGAAAAGAGCAACGUUUAAGAGAAAUAUGGUAAUCUACGUCACGAACGUUAAUAUAAUUAAUGUUCAUACUAAUUAAAAUUUAUUAUUGUUCGAGUGCCAGCUUCGGUAGUUUCGUUGAAAAUAAUUUGUAGUUUUUAAAAUUAUCCCCGUUUUUUCACACCUACCCUUGUGCUGUGUAACAGGAUAGCACAUCGAUCAUGGUAUAACAAUUAAUAUAGAUUGUUUUCGUUUUUUUUUUCUAAUAUUGGAUAAACAUGGAGGAGACAAAAUUCACCAAAACUGAAAUUAGAUUUCAAUAAGAGUUUAUGUUGAAACUUUUAUUGCCUUUUUUGUUUUAACUACAUUUUUUAUUUUCAUACAUCGAGGAUAAGGUGGGUCAGUUACUUAACAUUCUUUCAAUUUAAACAUUCUAACAUUACACAAGGCAGCUAAACUGUGCUAGAAAAAAAUAUAAUUUGAAGAUGGAAAAACAUACACGAGUUGUACAGCUGUAAUUUUUUUUUAUUAUGAUUAGAUUGCGUUAUGUAGUUUCAGCUAUAUUUUUUUUUGAAAGGAUAACAUAUGUACAUAAAAUUCCUAUAUAAACGGCAACUUAAUUUUCAACAUCGAUACAUGUUUAUGCAUAUGGCGUACCAACAAAAUUGUAGAUUCGAUAAAAAGUCAUGCAACAUUUAUUACUAAAAUAUUGAAAUAGAACUUGGAACAUAUAGGUCAAGGGAUAGUAAAACUGCAGGUAUGACUAAGAGGUUGUGCGCGACAAAAAUUUAAAAGAUUUAUGUACAUUAUCUGACUUUAAAUAAAGUUUUCCUCAAAAUCGAUGGAAAUAUUUAAAACUACAGAUAAAUUGCAGUGCAAUAUGAAGUAUGACGUGUGCAUGUUUGUCGAUUUCGUUGGUUUUGUUUAUGUGGAGGUUUACACCACGUACUAACUUAAAUGAAUUUAGAGACAGGGUUUACUACGCACAAGGUUGAACGGUAGUUUGCCUUGUCUGAAAACGUAAUCGACAUUAAUUUGAAUGUAAAUUGUUCGUGCGAUAUCUUGUGGAAGACUAUGUUACAAAAACAUAUUUUCUCAAUGAUUCGUUUUCUGCUGAAGUUGAACUGUCAUAUAUAAAGAAUAAUUAAAAAAUUAUUUAUUAAAAUUACGCAAAAAAAAAAGAAAAUCAAUUGGAUUGUGAUAUAAAAAGUAUAGUCGUUUAUUUAACUCUGCGAAAAAACUAUGUUAUUAAACUAAGCAAAAACGAAAAGGAUUUAAGAUGAUAUAUUUUUCAUUUAAUGCAUGUGUUGUAAAUAUAGCUAUUUUAACGACUAAUGGUUUGUAGGAUACAAGAGUGUAUGAUAAAACAUCUGCAAAAACUAAUGAAAAUCUAGCAUAACAGUAGUGUGUAAGGAGGGCAAAAAUCGCAUAUCGAAAAGACGACGACAAAAACAACAAUAUGAACCAGACCAACACAUCUUAGGCAAAACAAAUACCCUGGAAACCUGUUUUUGAUUUCAUUGUUGCUUUUGGUUUUAUUUCUGGCGACAUUCCAAUUUGAGCCAGUUACUUUCUUGCGCAGUUUAAUAAAGCAGCUUUCGUUAUGCGAAAUAUUCAAAAUGUAGCUUUCGGAUGUAAUAAUCUCAAUGUUAUCCAUUUUCAACAUGCAUUUCAAAAAUUACUUUGUUUCAACUUUUUUUCUAUAAAUUUUAUUUUCUAAUAAAUUAUUGGCAAUUGAUGUUUAUUGCGAUAUUUGAAACAUUUCUCAAUCUAAUUUACAAAUUAUGUGACAAAAAUGGAUAACUGCUGUCGAUAAGGCAAAGCAUAAUAUAACACAAGAUAAUUUAUCGACGUUGCCUGGAUCUAUAUGAAAGAAGAAAAAAAAACGAUGAUUAUUUUAGACAGUUAAAUUAUUUAUUCAAAAUUACAAAUAAUUCUAAAGCCUAUGUUGUGGAGAUGCUACUAUAGGAAGGAUCGAAUUGGAAUAAAAUAAAAAAAAGACAUAACUAGAUUUAUCUGUGCCGAAUUGUGUUAUAUUUUGUUAAAUUAAAUUAUAGACUGUUACAAAAUUUGUCUAUGAAAUAAUAUGUGCAUUUGAGUUGAAUCAGAUGACUACUUCGUCUAACUAAACUACACUGGUUUGCAGAUGAAUAAUUUACGUCUCAAUGUGAACGGCAAUAAAACAAACUUUUUGUGUAACCGGUAAUAUAUAGUCACUCAAAAUCAAAUUUUGUGAUUAUUUCGUAUUGCAAUUAAGAAUCCAGCCAAAUGCAAAUCAAAUAAUCUAAAGAAACAUAUAUUCAUAUUCAUACUACUUUGUAAUAACAUUUUCUAAAUUUCGGUUUCGUAUUUAUAUGUUGGCUUUAUGAGUAUUUCGAAGCAUUGUUAAUCUUUCACGAUGGAAUGCUAGCUGUUUUUCUUUUCAUUUUGGCCGUAGAUUAUUGCACUUGCAAACCAGUAAAAACCCUCCAUUUGGACAGUACGUUUUUUCAAACGUUCAUAUAAAUUGAGCAAAUUCAGUCAUAAAUUUCCAGACAUCAUUGAAAAUACCUAGCAACACAUUUAUUUACUCUGCAAGAAAGGUUACAAGUAAAAUGCAAAUGUUGUCACAUGGAACCAGAAGUUAAUAAAUUAAUUAAAGAAAAAACAAGGAGCUGUGAACGAUAAUAUUGAUGUGAUUUUUUGUGAUUGUUAUUGUUAUUAACAAAGUAAAUUAAAAUUAUAUAUUCUAUAUUAUACAUACAAUACAAUAAUUGCAUAGCAGAUUAAUUUACACAAAGAAUUGAAAACAGAAAGAAAAACAUAAAUGAGUAUAAUCUGGACACACAAAAGGUAUCAAAAUAACCUAUCUCGAUCAUGGAACAGCCGUACGAAAAGAUAGUGAAUUUCACUGCUUUAUUUAUUUGGUGGUAAAGUAGAUAUGUAUGUACCUAUAUGUAAUGGAACGGAACAUAAUGUAAAAGUGUGGGGUGGGGCAGUAUAGACGUAACACACACUUACAUACACAGACGCACACAAGGACACACAUACACAAUUACACACGCGGUAGAGUGUUGCUUUCUUUACAGAUCCGGGCAACUGCCGGCGACUGAGUGGUGAAGUAGUGUUCUAGCAUUAUGCAGAUGAGAAUGAGAAAACAAAUUAUAGAAGAUAUUAAUCAUAUCGUUGUUCCAAAGGCAACGCUGCGGGUGGGAAAGUCUGUAAACCGAUCGAAUAGUAUUCUUUUCUGUGAAACAACACGUAACAAUGUACUAUGACUGUCUUGAUCCGUUCUAAAUGUGCAAUGUACUUGUAAACCAAGAGAUAUAGUGUGGGUUAGAUCGAAUGUAUAAUCGCCAGGCUCGGAGUUGUCGCCAGUUGUUUGACUGGUACAUAAUAUAUUUUAAUAUUGGUUUACGAAAGGAGAAAGCACUUUUAAAUAUAUUCUAAUCAUUAGAUUUAAGUAAUAAUAUUGUGGUGUAGUACGGUUUAGAUGAAUGUCAGUGUAACUGAAAUAAUUUAUGAUGAACGUGGAGGAAACCAACACUUCUAAACAGUUGGUACUGCAACUAAUGUUUAACAUAGAAACGUUUGGCUAAGGAUAAAAUCUGCCAGCAGCGUGCAUUAAACAUUAUAAAACAAUGAGAAAACUACGAAUGAAAUGGCAUGUUAGUUCGGAUAGCUUGUAUACAAUACGAUUCAAUUUUGAUUGCUGUUUGAAAUAUGAGUUCUUACUAUAUGUUAAAUUAACAUGAAGCUGCAAUGAUUUAUACUUUUCUGUUAUUUUAUUCGUGAGAUGUUAGGUAAUUAUCGGAUCUUGAUACAUAUACACACAACAUUGAUAUAAAAUACUUACACAUACACGGACUAUUCAGAUUAAUCUUUUUUAGUAUAACAUUGUUCAAUUAGCAGAUACAGACGUAAGAAUUUUUGUUAAAAAAUGUGAGAGAGCAAAAGAAAAGGAUGAAUACCGUUUUGCUUUUGCCUUAUUCAAUGCUCAACAUGUAUGCCAUUUUGAGUGGAAAAUAGCAGCCACUAUUGAAGUUGAAGCAUACAUAUCACAAAAGUUACCAUAGUCUACAAAGCAGUCAAUUCUAAUAGUCGCCAUAAAAAUCAGCACCAUUUUUCAACCACAAGUCAGAAGAGUUACCAACGAAAGUUACCACAAUCGAACCGAACGCCAUAUUAAUUUUCUUACACCGACUAUCUUCUACUGGCGAAUUCAUUUUUAUGGAUAAAUGCAUCAAUGCUCGCACGUAAUCCAGUUAUUUACUUCGGUAUGACUACAUCGUGCUUGCUUCAUUAAAAACCAAUUUAUUGGUAUAUCGCAAAAUUCAAUCUCUCGAUCUGCCAGGUCAAGAAACAAAAAAAUAGAAUGUGUCAACCAUGUGAUGAGAACUUUGCACACGUUGUGAAAAAUGGAAUAAAGAACGAAUAAAAAAAGUAAGGUUAACACACCAUUUACAUUCAAGCGAUCUAUAAAAAUACGAAAAAGAAUGAAAAAAAAAACGAUAAAUAUACCAAAACUAAUGAUUGUUUAUUAAUGAAUCGAUUUAAGAAAACUCGCUAUAUACAAACAACCAAUAGUGUGAAGUUGCAAAUUAAUCAAAAUUAAAACAAAUAAUUCUAAUUAUAUAAAAAGGAAGAAUAUUUUGCAAACAAAGAGAAAAACUGAAAUAUAAUUUGUAAAAAUUCUGAUAAAAAUAA